GAAUAUAAAUCGUCCAAUAUCUAUCCAGUAUUAAUCACAUCUCAACUAUUUACACCCUCUAGGUUGGCUCAUUGUUAUUAUAACUGUUUUUUACAGGAAUAUAAAUCGUCCAAUAUCUAUCCAGUAUUAAUCACAUCUCAACUAUUUACACCCUCUAGGUUGGCUCAUUGUUAUUAUAACUGUUUUUUACAGGAAUAUAAAUCGUCCAAUAUCUAUCCAGUAUUAAUCACAUCUCAACUAUUUACACCCUCUAGGUUGGCUCACUGUUAUUAUAACUGUUUUUUACAGGAAUAUAAAUCGUCCAAUAUCUAUCCAGUAUUAAUCACAUCUCAACUAUUUACACCCUCUAGGUUGGCUCAUUGUUAUUAUAACUGUUUUUUACAGGAAUAUAAAUCGUCCAAUAUCUAUCCAGUAUUAAUCGUAUCCUACGAAAUGUUUGUACGAACGUAUGAUCUAAUCAAGGGAGAGAAUUUUGAUAUUGUAAUUUGUGACGAGGGACAUCGAUUAAAGAAUACUGCCAUUAAAACUACUUCU